UUUCUCAUUAGCUUGAAGCGGAAUUGUUGGUACCGGAUCUGCUGUAUAUGCAGGCAUCGAUAUCGUCAUGCUUGUCCCGCAAGGCGUUCGCAGCACUUAUGUAACUCGUCACGAGAUCGGAGAGGUUGAUGACACUCUUCUACAUAAUGUGCUUACAGAUUUGGUAGCCAUCUUCUGAUUGGAGCUUCACUGGACAAAGAUUACACCAUUGCCAACGACGACGAUGAGGGUCUAUAGCUCAGGGACGAUAGAUAUCCCACGGGAUCUGAACUUAACGGAAUUCCUCCACAAAUCCGCCUACCCAGAUCUCCCGGAGUCUCACCUAAUCGCCAAAGAUAGUCUUACGAAUCGUAGCAUAACCAUCGGGGAACUACGCAGCCGAGCUGGCAGAAUCGCAAAUGGUCUCAAAACCAAGCUAAACCCGGUAGACCAGGCAAGAUGGGCCAUCAUCCUACCCAACAGCGUUGAUUUCCUCGAGUUAUUCCACGCGAUCCUCUGGACCGGCGGCAUCGUCUGCCCCAUCAACCACGCCCUCAAAGCCACCGAAAUCGGCCACGGACUCGCCGUCUCACGACCUCACUUCAUAGUCUCCUACGGCGCCGUAGUCCCGCUCGUCAAAGGCGCCGUCCAACUCGCCAAAACCUCGCUCUCCUCGCAAGGCGUAACCUGGCCAAUCCCCCAAAUCAUCACCAUAAUAACCCCAUCCCCCAACCACCCUCACCUCCCCUCAGACUUCAUCCAACCCACCCCCCUCCCCAUCCCGCACCACCCCGACACACGCGUCCGCCAGGCCUCAAUCCACCUCUCCUCAGGCACAACCGGCAAAUCCAAAGGCGUAGCCCUAACCCACCACAACUUCCUCGCAAACAGCCUGCAGCUCCUCGCCCACGACGCCGCGCAGUUCACGCCGGACACGCGCACCGUGGCGUAUACCCCCUGGACGCACAUCGCCAUGACCACGCUCCCCCUCUUCCUCGGCCCGUACACCGGGAUGUUGCACCACGCCAUGCCAUCGUAUUCCCUCGAGGAGUUCGCGCGGCUCGUCGGCUCGGAUCAGGCUACGACGUUCCAAGGCGUGCCCAGCGUGGUCCUGCAGCUCGCGAACUCGGAUGUUACGGCGCGGUUUGAUUUUUCGAGAGCGAGGUUUAUUAAUGUGGGGGGUCCGUUGAAGAGGGAGGUUCGGGAGAAGUUGUACGGAAAGGCGCCGUGGAAGCUGGUACAGGUAUAUGGCAUGACGGAGGCGGCGGGGUAUGUGGCGUACCAGAAGGCCGGGGAGACGCUGGAGGAUGGGGUUACGGGGAAGUUGUUACCCGGGAUUGAGGCGCGGCUGGUGAGGGAGGGGAGGGAGGAGGAUGUUCCUGAGGGAGAACCGGGUGAGCUUUGGCUUAGAGGACCGAAUUUUACGAGGGGGUAUGCGUUUGAUGAUGGGGCUAAUGAGAGGGCGUUUUCGCGUGAGGGGUGGUAUAAUACGGGGGAUGUGUGUCGGAUUGAUGCCGAGGGAAGGGUCAGUGUGGUGGGCAGGACGAAGGAUUUGAUUAAGUAUAAGGGGUUCCAGGUUUCGCCGGCGGAACUCGAGGCGCUGGUUAAUGCGUGCCCGGAUGUGGUUGAGGGUGGUGUUGGCGCGGUUUGGGAUGAGAGUCAGUUGACGGAACUUCCGGCCGCUUGGGUUAUUUUGAAAGACGGGUUUGGGACAGUGGAGGGGAAGAGGAAGGCGUUGAGGGAAGUACAUGAUGCGGUUGAUGCGCAGGUUAGUGGGUAUAAGAAGCUUAGGGGUGGUGUUUGGGAGGUUAAGACGCUUCCUAAGAAUGCGACGGGGAAGAUAUUGAGGAAGCAGUUGGUGGAAAUGAGGGAUGGGCUUUGCUCGCUUGAGGAGGGUUCUCUCAAGGCUAAGUUGUAGGUUAGUGUACAGACUAUGAGAAAAUGUAGAAGCUUUUGAGAAGUAUGACGAGCAAUUAAAGGUCUCUUGCGGUGUUGGUUUGCAGUUCUUGCUACUCUUACCCUUAACACUC